UAUGUUUGUCCUAAACUCUGUCCCAUUCUGUUUCUGUCAAAAUUCAAGUUUAAAUAUUGUAUAAAUUAAUUUAAUAAAAUUAGUCAAAAGGGAGAAUACUUACAUUUACCUUUUUGUAACAAGCUAAUCAAUACAAAUUGCAAAUUAUUUCUAAUUUUCUCUAAUACAUGUUGCCAUAUGGCAGUUUUAUAUCCAGAGCACUUUUCAUACACAAAGGCAGAUUCAAGGUGCUGUAGAUAAAAUUAAACAGUUAAAAACAGGAUUGUACAAAGUCAAUACCAAGUUAAAGAUUACAAUCCAUAACAAACUGUGAGAAUAAAAUAAAUCUUAAGAUUAAAAGUGUUAUAAAGGGUUAAAGGAGUCAAAAAUAAAAAGUCCUAAAAAAAUGUAUAAUUAUGUUUAAGAAAAACAGGAUUAGGUUUAAAGAUUAAAGAUCUGAUAUUUUCUUUUUCCAGCAGUUUUUUUCUUAGAGGCUACCAGUUUACAUGUAACAUGGUGAAGUAACUUCCCAAAAUUGUUGCUUUACUUCAAGAUGGAUUGAAAAAAAAGAAUUGAGUGAAUGAACAUGCAUGUGCACGUUUGUGUCAGCACACAUGCGCUACGCUUGCACUCUCCUUACGCUCACGUAGUUUUGUUUUUAAAUCUCUACAGCUUUGGGUUUCUCAAUAAAGUCAGUAUGUCAAAGGAAUAUUAGCAUUGCUGAGCAGACUGUCGAAAUCAAGCAAGAAGCCCCCCUGAGGAGAGGAAUGAGAUGGUGUGUGUGUGUGUUUAUAAAUCUGUUUAUGCCUCAUUAAAUAUGCAUUACCUGCCUCAUUACAGCUGGAGCCCCACCACAGCUAAUGAAAACAGCUCCCUUAGCUCUCUUUCUUACAAGGUGUUGGUGGUGUGUGUGUGUGUGUGUGUGUAAACUUGUGUGUUUGUAGGUGGAUAAGAGAAUACAAGUUUGUCCCUGAAGCUUCAGGUUAAUAUUAGCAAAGUGUAAAAUAUAUUUAUGCGUCUUGUUUUUUGGCGAUUGUUUUGAAUUGUGUUGUGUAAGUGAAUCACCACACUAUUCCUGUUCUCUCGACUGUUUAUUCUUAUCUUAUAUGAAUGAAUGGUAUUUUAUGUGGGGCUAUAAAAUAGUAGCUUCAUUCAGUUUUUUGUGAAUGUGAGCAUUAGUGAAAGUUCCCUUUGGAGUUUAUUUUUUUUCUUUUUGGGAACAAUCAAUUACAGUUCACAUUAUGCAAUACACUUUGUUUGGACACUUUUCAAAACUACAUUCAUAUUUUGUUCUUGCCUGCAUUUGCUGAGACAUUUACUUUUAAGACAUCAAGAUGUGUCAUCCCAUACACCUAAUGAGACUGCUGCAUAUCAGUGGAUGGAAACACACCAUGUCACUCAGGGUCAAACUCAGUACGGCUACAACUACCAUCACAUCGACCAAAGAACUGAAAACCAGAGCAUGCACUCGGCCUGCGUAGCUGUGAAAUCCGGCAGUCAGCAAAACACCACUGAUGUCUAUGCCGAGUUUACAACUGAUGCUACAGCUGUGCAACAUGAGUCUCAGCAGGCGGAGGGCUAUUAUGAAGCAGGGGUUUCUGCCGAGUACAGCACGGAUAACCCAGAUUCCAAGUUUCAGUAUGGAGCUGAAAGCCAAAGUGGAGAGAACUCCAGUGCCAUGUAUGCUUCUCCGUGCUCUCCAUACCAAGCUGAUGACCAGCGCCAGUACGAGACAGUCCAUGGUGAUUACCAGCAUGACAGACAGACACUCUACCAAUCAGCUGUGCAAACUGAGAGGGAAGAUCAUGCACGGUAUGUGCCAGAGGGAUACGUUCAUUUUACCCUGUCAAGAAACACCCAACAGAGAGACACUGGAGCAGAGAUGAUGGUGAUGAUGAAGACGGCCUCCAGUGAGGAGGCUGCUGAGGAGCCGGAUAACAGAGAAGACCCACCGUCCUCAGCAGAUGUAUCAGGCAGCUCAAAUCACAGGAGAAAGUUGGUGGCUCCACAGAUGGAUGUGUCCCUGGACCGCAGUGAGGGGUCUCUUCUCUCGGAAGACGCUCUGGACACAGAGGAUGAUGCCUUGGAUACCGGAGACGACCUGGACAUCAACGUCGAUGAGUUGGACACAUCGGAUGAAGCUGACUCACUGGAGUUGAACCCACACGGAGACUCAGCGCAGUAUAAUCUGGGUAUAGGAGCAACUUCAGGUGAUGUCAUGUCAGGACACGGGUCAGCUGAGCAGAGCAGAGACCGCAGACUGUGGAGAAGUGUUGUGAUUGGAGAGCAUGAGCAUCGCAUUGACAUGAGGAGCAUUGAACCAUACAAAAGAGUUAUUUCUCAUGGAGGUUAUUACGCCGAGCAGAACGCCAUCAUUGUGUUUGCAGCGUGUUUCCUACCAGACAGCGACUGUGACAAUUACAAUUAUGUAAUGGAAAACCUAUUUCUGUAUGUAAUUAGCACCCUGGAACUAAUGGUGGCAGAGGAUUAUAUGAUUGUGUACUUGAAUGGCGCCACGCCUCGCAGGAGGAUGCCUGGUUUUACCUGGAUGAAGAAGUGCUACCAAAUGAUAGACAGAAGACUGAAGAAAAACCUUAAGAUGUUCAUCAUUGUCCAUCCUUCCUGGUUCAUACGGACUUUGCUGGGACUCACCAGACCCUUCAUAAGCUCCAAGUUCAGCAGUAAGAUCAAGUAUGUGCAUAGUCUGCAGGAGCUCGGCCAAAUCAUCCCAAUGGAGUAUGUUCACAUUCCACCCAGCAUCGUCAAGUAUGACGAGGAGAAGGGUAAACACAGACUUGCAUGCAUGAGACUGGACUCAGAUUUGCAGGACACAGCAUCAAAAGCCGACAAGAGGGGGAAUUCAGCCGUUUGACGAAUACAAGAUAGGCAACUCCUGCUUUUCAUCUCCCUGCAACAUGCUGUAUUCUACCA